AUGCCGCCUGCAACAAACCAAGUAUCAGAGUCCUUCGUCAAGAAGAACCAACAUACCAGAGCGUAUCUCUCCAUCGCGGUGGAACCGUGUCCGGAGCCACCGAUUUCAACUCCGUCGGCUCUUGACGAUAAUAAUCGGUCGCAGCCCGAAGAUGCCCACGACUACGAAAAACGCGAAGUGGAAAACUGCGUGCCGUACGACAUCCGCUCGACCAUCGUGGGCUCUCAAGCUGAGGUGAAAUGGUCUACUCGACGCACUUACAUUCCUCAGGUAAACUUGCAAAAAGCUGGCGAUGACAGUCCAGCACUUGAGAAUCCGUGGCGUUCAUGCCACGACGUGACCGACGUUGAAGUUCGCUACCGUCGUCUUGGAGAAAACGACACGAUGCUGGUCACGGGAGAUGUCAAGGAGCCUUUCUCGAGGAAGGUGGCCACUACGAACACUUCCGAUGAAACCUCGUUCAACGCUCAUUCGGCUCGCAUUGAGCUCCCGGGAGGGGAAGAAAACACGUCGUACGAGUUCACUGUCGGCUCGACUUUUCACGGUUGGUCGGCCGUGCACCGGCUCGGUGUCAAUGUCCCGUACAACGGUGAUGAAGCCGAGCGAUGCCGUCCAAAGCACGUUCACACGGCAUAUGGCCGCACACCGGACAGUUUGUCUGUGCAGUGGAUGACCAAGCAGUUCUGCGCAGAAGGAGACGCCCAGCUGAGGCUGGUUGAAGGUUACCAUGCUCACAUUGAGGUCGAAGGCCCGAAAGUGACGCCGAUGACGGCUUGGGCCAACACGACGCUGUUCGAGGACGACGGUGAAGCCCAGUCCAAGCGCUGGAUGCAUGUUGUGAGACUAGAAGGAUUGAAACCCGACACGAGAUACACAUACGUUGUGGGUAACGCGCACUACUCGUCGUGGUCGAUUCCGUAUGUGACCAAGACUGCUCCUGCACCUCUGCUUGCAGGGGAGAAGGCCAAGCCCACACGCUUCCUUGUCACGGGAGAUAUUGGCUAUCAGAACGCAGCCACGUUGCCGAUGAUGCAGUCCGAGGUAGCUGAAGGCACCGUGGACGGUGUUGUAUCUAUCGGAGACUAUGCUUACGACUUGGACAUGAUGGACGGUCAUGUUGGUGAUAUCUUCAUGCAGCAAAUUGAGCCUUUUGCAGCGAGUGUCCCGUUCAUGGUGUGUCCAGGAAACCACGAACACCACAACACCUUCAGCCACUACUCGGAACGAUUUCGACUCAUGCCAAGCAACGAGAACGAAGGUGUUCAGACGGUGCACAUCGGAGGACACUCGAAGGAUGCGGAGCCCAAGGAGGUGCCGAACAACUGGUUUUACUCGUUUGAUGUGGGACUUGUGCACUUCACGGUCAUCUCGACAGAGAUUUACUUUAAAAAGACUUUCGACGUGGACGGUGACGUGAUAGCGAGACAAGAAGCUUGGUUGGAACAGGAUCUUGCCAAGGCCAAUGCGAACCGGGAGCAGACUCCGUGGCUCGUGGUGAUCGGACAUCGACCCAUGUAUUGUACCUCGGAUAGUACGAAUUGUGGCGAUAAGGCUGCAAUGCUACGGGACAGACUCGAGGACAAGUUUUUCAAGCAUGGCGUUGAUGUGUAUCUGUGCGGCCACCAACACAACUACGAGCGGGCCUUCGAUGUGUACAAGUCUCGGACAUGGAAGCGAACUCGCAACAUGCGCGCCACUACGCACAUCUUGACGGGAGCCUCGGGUCAGUAUCUCACGACGAUCAUGCGUAAGGCAUUCGAACGACCGGCUGAGGCUUGGGACGCCUUCCGAAACAAUAUUUUCGGGUAUUCGCGUAUGGAGGUCGUGAAUGCCACACAUCUACAUUGGCAGCAGAUUGAAGCCGACCCGGAAAACCCAGCUGCACGAGGGCACUACGGAGAAAUCGUUGACGACGUGUGGCUUGUACAAGAGCGGCAUGGUAGCUUCGACUCUAUCAGUGCACUGUCAUAA